UUCCUUCAAAAAUGGCGGAAAAUAAAAAGAAAAACGACGAUAUGGCGACUGUGGAGUUCGAGUCGUCUGAGGAGGUCUCAAUUAUCCCAACUUUUGACAAAAUGGGCUUGAGAGAAGACUUGCUUCGUGGAAUCUACGCGUACGGCUUCGAAAAGCCAUCUGCCAUCCAGCAACGCGCCAUCCCCGCAAUUCUCAAGGCUCGUGACGUCAUCGCUCAAGCUCAAUCCGGAACAGGAAAAACGGCGACAUUCUCGAUCUCCGUACUCCAAUCGCUAGACACCCAGGUCCGCGAGACCCAAGCUCUGAUUCUCUCGCCGACACGAGAGCUGGCAGUUCAAAUUCAAAAAGUCGUGCUGGCGCUCGGCGACUAUAUGAAUGUCCAGUGCCACGCCUGUAUCGGAGGCACCAAUCUCGGCGAGGACAUCCGAAAGCUCGACUACGGCCAGCACGUGGUUUCCGGUACUCCGGGACGCGUUUUCGACAUGAUUCGCCGUCGAAACCUGCGCACCCGCGCCAUCAAGCUUCUCGUGCUCGAUGAAGCCGACGAGAUGCUCAACAAGGGGUUCAAGGAGCAGCUUUACGAUAUCUAUCGCUAUCUACCGCCCGGAGCCCAGGUGGUGCUGCUCUCCGCGACGCUUCCUCAUGAGAUUCUGGAGAUGACGAGUAAAUUCAUGACGGAUCCGAUUCGGAUCCUUGUGAAGCGUGACGAGUUGACACUGGAAGGCAUCAAGCAGUUCUUCGUCGCAGUUGAUCGGGAGGAGUGGAAGUUCGACACGCUUAUCGAUCUCUACGACACCUUAACCAUCACUCAGGCGGUGUUGUUCUGUAAUACACGUAGAAAGGUGGACUGGUUGACUGAUAAGAUGAAGGAGGCCAACUUUACCGUCUCAUCGAUGCAUGGAGAUAUGGAGCAGAAGGAUCGUGAUGAGGUUAUGAAGGAGUUUAGAGCUGGAACCACUCGUGUCCUCAUUUCUACUGAUGUUUGGGCGAGAGGACUUGAUGUUCCGCAAGUGUCCUUGGUAAUCAACUACGAUUUGCCGAACAACCGUGAGCUCUACAUCCAUCGUAUCGGCCGUUCGGGACGUUUCGGCCGCAAGGGAGUCGCCAUCAAUUUCGUCAAACAGGACGACGUACGAAUUCUCCGCGACAUUGAGCAGUACUACUCGACACAAAUCGACGAGAUGCCAAUGAACAUUGCUGACAUUAUUUAAUUUUUAUUUAAUCCUCGUUUUUUUAAAUAUUUUUUUCCGCUAUUUUUUGUUUAAAAUUGGGGCUCUGCACCACGCUCUCCUCAAAGCCGAAUAAUUAUUAGAGCGCGCUUGCAGCGUCUCGCGUUUCUGCAUCCGCGGUAUUUUGCCUUUCCACUGAAAUGAGCAGCUUUUUUAGAUUUAUCGAAUUUUUAGCUUUUAAAUUUUUUUUUCUGUUUUUUUCGAACAAACCUUUUGUUAAACAGUAAAAAUCGAAAUUAAAAUGACUAAAAUGAACUUUUUUCGUCCACUGGUUGCGAAAUGGUUCGAAUUUGAAGAAAUCAGCGGGAUUUUUCGUAUUUUCUGAAUAUUUUUCUAUUAAAAAUCGGUUUUAAACCAUUUUUUGACCCUAAUGUUAAGUCAAAAAUGUAUUAAAACCAAUUUUUAAUAGAACAAUAUUCAGAAAAUACGAAAAACCCCGUUGAUUUCUUCAAAUUCAAACCAUUUCACAACCAGUGGACAAAAAAAGUUCAUUUUAGUCAUUUUAAUUUCGAUUUUUACUGUUUGACAAAAGGUUUGUUCGAAAAAUACAGAAAAAAAAAAUUUUAAACCUAAAAAUUCGAUAAAUCUGAAAUAUCUGCUUUCUUCAGUGGAAAGUCAAAAUACCGCGGAUGCAGAAACGCGAGUCGCUGCAAGCGCGCUCUAAUAAUUAUUCGGCUUUGAGGAGAGCGUGGGCUCUGCACCUGAAAAAUCGGAAAAAAAUCCCCCUUUUCUCAUGAAAACCAACCCACCUUGUUACCUUACAUGUUACAUACUGUCGCGACAGAACGAUCGCUCCGCCAAUUUUGCAUGCGGCAAAGGGGCGUGGUUUAUUGGGGGCGGGAUUCCGGCGCAACCCUGCGGCACGCUUUUUUCUCGCUUUUUUCAUGCGGUAAUUUUCAGUUAUUUUUAUUCGUUUUCUGUUCGAAAUUUCACGAUUUCGCUCGAUUUUGUUCGUUUUUUCGGAUAAAAAAGUGUCUAUUUUUAAAUGAAAAAUAACCAAGUUUUAUCAGUUUUUACUUGAAAAAAUGCUUCGUUUGUCUCUUUUUCUGUAAUAUACGAAGCAAAACGUUAAAAAAACGCUUUCUCUUCACAUUUUCCUUUUUUUCCCCCAUUUUCUCUCUUAACAAUCGUAAUUUACAGAAAGAGAGACCAACAAAGCAUUUUUCGGGUAAAAUCUGUGAAAACUUGGUUAUUUUUCAUUUAAAAAAUAGUUGGACACUUUUUUAUCCGAAAAAACGAACAAAAUCGAGCGAAAUCGUGAAAUUUCGAACAGAAAACGAAUAAAAAUAACUGAAAAUUACCGCACGAAAAAAGCGAGAAAAAAGCGUGCCGCAGGGUUGCGCCGGAAUCCCGCCCCCAAUAAACCACGCCCCUUUGCCGCAUGCAAAAUUGGCGGAGCGAUCGUUCUUUCGCGACUGUAUAUUUACUCCUUUUUUCGCUCCACGCUUUGUCAAAAAUUUUUUCUUUCCCCCCCCCCCCCUGACUUUUUGAAACAAAAAUGAAUUUAAAUUACACGAUUUACACGAUUUACCCGAAAUUUCCAAAAAAAUCCCCAAAAUUUUUUUUAUUGUAAAAAAAUCAAUUUAAAUAUAUGAUUUUCUACAAAAAAUC